AUGUUCAACGCCCUGAAUCGGUUCAUGUCCCGUCUGGACGGCGACGUGCCCCAGCGACGCAAUGAGCAGGGAUCCUUUGGUUUCCAGGUCCUGAGAAACACAAACCUACAGCUGGCGAUCGAACCAUGGUUUGACUUUAUCGUCGGGAUCAACGGACGGCCAAUUGAAGACCCUAACCCAGCGCUCUUCGCACAAGAAAUCCGAAACUGCGCCGGUGGCACAGUCUCCCUCGGUCUAUGGAAUGCAAAGGGCCAACGGACGCGAGAAAUGCACAUCCAUGUGCCCCCCGAUACCGCAUCCCUCGGCCUUACCCUCCAAUAUUCACCAAUUGCUUUAGCCGCCAACAUCUGGCACGUACUAGACGUUGCGGCCAGGUCGCCCGCCGACCAGGGCGGCCUCCUCCCGUACAGCGACUACAUACUGGGCAGCCCUGAAGGACCGUUACAUGGCGAGAGUGCCUUGGGCGAGCUUGUGGAGGAUCAUAUUGGCCGGCCGCUGCGACUUUUCGUGUACAAUAACGAAUACAACGUCACGAGAGAGGUCACAAUACAUCCUAGCCGAGGCUGGGGCGGCGAGGGCGCCCUAGGUUGUGUGCUGGGCUACGGCGCGUUGCACCGUCUGCCUGCGCCGUUGAGCGAGCCCGUGAGCGCGCCGGGGGAGACCAUGUUUGACGGUGCCGUCAAUGAGAAGGCCGGCGAGGCUGGGUUCGUUUCUGCAGGCGCAGGCUCUGUACCACCACCUGCUGCCGCAGCCUCAACUGGUGGUGAAUAUCUGGUGCCCGCGCAAAUGGUUGGGUCUGAUCCCAUGAGUGCACCACCGCGUUCGGCGGCCAAGAAAAAGGACAGACAUCAUCCCGCCAACAACAACUUCAUGGACGAUUACUUCAAGGAGCAAGAAAAGAAGAGCCGAGAGCUGGACAAUGCUCCGUCUGGUAAAGGGUCACCGGCACCACCGCCACCCAGGGCAGGGGGGCCUCCAAAAGCUGCAACUCCCGUACAAGAAGCAGCCGAAUAG